UUCCGUUCAAUUAUUUUACUGUUGACUUAUUGUUCCGUAGAAUCGGCCGAAAUUCCGAACAUUUAAUAAACGUAGGAAAUGUUAUUAUAGAAGAGGAUUAAAGCAAAUAUACAUUUAAUGCUUUUAUUGCUGAAACUUUGGUCAAUAAUAUUUUAUUGUCACUAACAACAAUGGAUGAUGCCACAGGAAGUGACAUAAAGAUUCAGAAUUUGGAUGAAUCGGUUAGCACUCUGUUUUUGACAUUUCAAUGUAUGGAUGUAGAAGAGCAUAAAGCGGAUGCUAUUAAAACAGUUGGUACUAUCUUACGUCAAAUUAAAGUGUUCGUGCCAGGAAUGGAAAAUUUAUUGCCAAAAUUAGUUAAGUCAUUGGAUCAUCCAAAAGUUUCUAUUCAGGUGGAAAGUAUAUUGACAUUAAUAAGUAUAGCCGCAAGAAGGGUUAAUGGACCAAAUUCCUUAAAACUAACAACUGUGUCUUCCGUCGAUUUUGAAGACAUUUUUCGCAUUGAACUAAUAGUAUUCGAUAAGCUCUUUGUUACCUUGCAAAGGGUAUUACUGAAGAGUCAAACGGUCCUAUUUUAUACUAUUAAGCGAGAUAUACUAAAGCAUCUUCUGGUUAUUAUAAGGAGUUAUUUAAAUAGGAAGCAUUAUCAUGUGAUUGCAAUUAUGCUGUAUUACAUUUUCAAAAGUUCUGUGGCAUUAACUAUGGAAUACGCGAAGGAUGCAUUGCAUUUAUUCCAAGCAUUGCUGGGUGUUGCUGAUAUUCCACAGUUAAAGUUGAUAAUAAGAGGUUUGCGGGAAUUAAUCAGGCACCCGGCUAGAAUUGUGCCACUACAUACAGCUGGAAUUUUAAGUGCCGCUUGUAAGUUAAUAGUUCAUAAGAACGAUGAUAUAAAAAAGCUGGCUUUAAAAUUUGUUGAUGAAGCUAGUGUCAUUUUGUAUGUUCAAAUAAAUCCGGAAAUAUUGCUUAUAUCCCCAAAUAAUGUUCACAAUUUACUUCGUUAUGGAAAUGAGAAAAUACGUAGGCGUUCACUGAUGAUUCUGUAUCAUUUAACCGAUGCAAAAAAUGGGCUUUCUCAUCAGCUGGUGGUGCAUGGUCUAAUACCUUCCAUUCUAUAUAGAUUUAAUGAAAACGGUAUCAAGUCCAAAUAUUUUGCACUCAAAGUGAUAAAAAAUAUCACCGUCUAUGCUAACAGUUAUGAUGUUGAAAAACUCAUUGAUACUCAUGUUAUACCCGUUCUAUGUGAAUACCUCACCGGGAAUGCAAAUGAUUUUCUUAUCAUUUGCCUAUCAUCUAUAUACAAUAUGCUCAGAUCGCUGGUGUGUGACACUUUUUUUGCAUUACGUGAUUUUAAUGCCUUAGAUAAAAUUCAAAUGCUUCAGAUCGACGAAAACUGUGUUAUAAGGAAUCUAAGCAAGAUAAUAUGUAAACAUUUCUUAUAUUUAGUUCAAGAAUCUAUUUCGGACGCUUAAUCCAAAAAAAAAAAUUCAUUUUUGGAUUUCCAAAAAUUCAUAUCGAUAUGUAGGCAAAAAAUUUUAAUGAAUUGCCGCUAACCAAGCGGCCUCCAAAAUUUAAUUGUUGAACAAUACUACGACAAAUAAAAAAUAAUUA